AUGGAGUCAUUCCGUGUGCGUCUCAACUGUAUCGAUCAUUACCAGGCGACCGCGUCGGAGUUGGAUCCUCCACUACCUUUUCGUGAUGAGGUCUCAGAAAAAGAUUUCAAGCCCAAGGUGCCUGUAAUUCGAAUAUUUGGAGCCACCGAGACAGGCCAGAGAGUUUGCGUACAUGUCCAUGGCGCGUUUCCAUACCUCUACAUCGAAUACAACGGGUCCUUAGCCCCAGAAGAUGUAAAUUCGGCAAUCCGAACCCUUCAUCUCUCAAUCGAUCACGCUCUGGCGGUCAGCUUUCGCCGAAAUGCGUAUGACCGGAGGACAGCGUUUGUGGCGCACAUCACCUUGGUGAAAGGAGUCCCGUUCUACGGAUACCAUGUCGGAUGGCGGUUCUUCUUCAAAAUUUACCUUUUGAACCCCUUCCAUACAACUCGCCUAGUCGAUCUUCUGCACCAGGGAGCUGUAAUGAAACGUCCGCUUCAACCCUAUGAGGCACAUGUGCAAUACAUUCCGCAAUGGAUGUGUGACUACAAUUUGUACGGGUGUGCAACUAUGAGCUGCAGUCAAGUCAAGUUCAGAGCACCGGUACCUGAGUAUUUCGAGCUAAGCAAUCUAGCCCAUCGCUGGCACGAUCGUUCAAUCCCACCCGAGAGCAUACUUGAUCACCCUGCAUUACAGAAACAGAGCAAUUGCGCGCUGGAGGUUGAUGUCUGUGUUCAAGAUAUCCUGAACCGUCUUGAUGUAAAGGAACGGCCUUUACACCAGGAUUUCACCGAGCUUUUGAAACCUGUCGCGGUUAAUGAGCGCCUUGUUCCUAGCAUGGCUGGGUUGUGGCAGGACGAAACUCGCAGACGCAAAAAGAGGAUGGGGAUCACUGAUCCCGGAAGCACUCCUUUUGGACCCGAGGAAUUGGUUUCAAUGUCUGCGGAUCCGAGAAAUCAGUCGAGAGGUGGUUGGAUACACGAGGAAGAAUUUCGUGAGAUGGCAUCUCAGCUUGCUGCUAACGAGAAAGACGAGGAUCACAACAAAGACACGACAUUUGGGACAUUCUUGGAUACCGAUGAUCAUGCCAAAAACGUCAAGACUGCGCUGGAUAGUGUUCAGGACUUCUUUCCUGACAAAAUCAGCACUUUGACUUUUGAUAGUAGCCGCUCCCACGAAUCAGCCGAGCAAGACCCACCCGAAAUUUCGGUUGAUGAGGAUCUCGCUUUGUCCUCUCAAGCUGACGGACAGUAUUACUCAGAUUCUGAUCAAGGAGGGGACUCAUCGGGAGGGAGAACCGAACAGGAGUCUGAAACAAGACAGGACCCCUUAGGGGAGAGCUUUUACGAUGAGGUCUUUGAUGAAAUGCCCUUUUCAGAUGUGGCUGCACCUGCGGGAAUCAACAACCCAGAAGCAACUACGCAUGGUGUCUACAAGGAAGGGAAUUCUGUAGCCCAAGAAAAAAGGUCCAGAGACCAGAAUCAAAGCAAAAGUGUAGCCCCUAAAAGACAACACUUCGAAACUCUCGAUUCCCACGAUUCACCUCUCAAAAGACCUAGACAUAUGGCCGGACACGGCUUGUCUGACGGGCCAUUGGAAAUACCCCACACGCUGAAGCAGCAGCAAGAGGGCAAGCAAAAAAAUGUCUCUUUUGAUAGCAAAUUGGAUGUGCACGCGGAAAAUCCGUCGUCAGAGCCAAAAUCAUCUUCCUCGCAGAAGACAGUCCGCCCAAAGGCGCAUAGUUACACCGGAGGCUUGAAAUUCCCGGUAGUCAAGGACCCCAAUGAUCCUCUGACCAUUUUGCGCUAUAGCCAAGAUGAGACAAAUCCUCCAAGAAAAGACACCGAGUCAUCCCAGCCCUUCUCGAGUUCCUUCCCUUCCGGAUAUGUCGCGGAAUUGUCAGGCAAAACUCAGAGUUCCUCAGACCUACAUUCGUCCGCAACAGUGACGGGCCUAUCCUAUCUUGAUCCACAUCUCGCCGAGACCAUGAAAAACAUUCAUCAGUCAUUCAAUUUUACACCAAACACAUCAUUACGUUGCUUCAAAUUUGCCAGCCCAACUUCCAGCGAAGUCAGUGCGACAAUACAUGAACAUGGGCGCCCCUCGGUUGUAUACCAGAAAGCAUUUUACAGUGAUGAGACGGAUGUGCCUGAACGACCAAGAGAAUAUGGCGGCAGAGAAUUUCGGCUAGAGAGCAACACCAUCCACUAUCUACCCGAUUUUGACCCAACGGCAGAGGCACCUGCAAUGUUUGGUGAGCAGAUGCCAACAGCACACGACCGAGAUCAGCAAGAAAAAAUCGAUCAGCACCUCCGAGAAGGGUGUACCGCCAGGGUCUGGGAGUUUGCACCUGUUCCACCAAGCCGGGCGGAAGUAAUACAAUGGUUUGAAGAUUUACAAGCCUCGCAAGAGUCUAACAAAAAAGUAGCCCAAACCAUAACUGCUGAAACGAAACCAGACUUUCUCUCGCAGAUCGAGGGCCCCACACAGAAGGACGCACAUGGCUUCAAAUAUUCACUGAAUGGAGUAUCCACUAGCGUGGAACACCAAGCUCAACACAUGAGCACAAUGAGCUUAGAAGUGCAUGUGAACACGCGCGGAACCCUCAUGCCUAACCCCGAAGAGGACGAGAUCACUUCCUUGUUCUGGUGCAUCCAAUCCGAGGAUGAGGAUGUUGAGGUCAAUAGCCAUCUUCCCGGAGUCCAUGUUGGAAUGGUUUACCAUGGCGAAGGCCAGAGGCCGGAAUCCAAAAUCUCCAAGGCAUUAACUAUUGAUGUCGAGUGUGAGCCUACGGAACUGGACCUGAUAAACCGACUCAUAGAUAUUGUCCGGUACUACGAUCCGGACAUUAUCGCGGGCUACGAGGUCCACAACGCUUCCUGGGGAUAUGUGAUUGAGCGAGCGCGCAAGAAGUACGACUUUGACAUCUGCGAGGAGCUUUCAAGGACCAAAUCUCAAUCCAAUGGACGAUUUGGAAAAGAGGCAGAUUCAUGGGGUUUCAACCACUCCUCGUCUAUUCGUAUCACUGGGCGACACAUGUUCAAUAUCUGGCGCGCUAUGAAAGGCGAGCUGAACCUACUACAGUAUACUAUGGAGAAUGUCGUCUUCCAUGUCUUGCAUCGCCGAAUUCCUCACUAUUCGCCCAAAGACCUGACGCAAUGGCACCAAAGUGGCAAGCCUCGCAAUCUCCUGAAAGUCGUGGAAUAUUUCACCUCUCGCGUGCAAAUGAAUCUAGAACUUCUCGAGGCCAAUGAAUUGGCACCGAGGACAAGCGAGCAGGCGAGAUUGCUGGGCAUUGACUUUGCCUCAGUGAUUUCCCGAGGAUCCCAGUUCAAAGUCGAGUCUCUGAUGUUCCGAAUUGCGAAGCCAGAGAACUUCCUGCUUGUCUCACCGAGCAGAAAGCAGGUCGGACAGCAGAACGCACUGGAAUGCUUGCCCCUAGUCAUGGAACCGCAAAGUGACUUUUACACUAGCCCACUUCUAGUGCUUGAUUUCCAGUCACUGUAUCCAAGUGUCAUGAUCGCGUACAACUACUGCUACUCAACUUUCCUGGGCAGAGCAAUGCACUGGCGCGGACGAGAUAAGAUGGGAUUCAUGGAUUACAAGCGACAGCCCAGGCUACUCGAGUUACUAAAAGACAAGAUCAACAUCGCACCAAAUGGUAUGAUGUACGCGAAACAGGAAGCACGUCAAUCACUACUAGCCAAGAUGCUUUCCGAGAUUCUCGAAACCCGCGUGAUGGUCAAAAGCGGCAUGAAAGCCGACAAAGACGACAAGGUCUUGCAGCGACUUCUAAACAACAGACAGCUGGCACUAAAACUGAUUGCCAACGUCACAUACGGCUACACAUCCGCCUCAUUCUCAGGACGAAUGCCCUGUUCCGAGAUCGCUGACAGCAUCGUCCAGACCGGACGCGAAACCCUCGAAAAGGCCAUCGCCUUCAUCCACUCAAUCGAACGCUGGGGCGCUGAAGUCGUCUACGGUGAUACAGACAGUCUAUUCGUCUACCUCAAAGGCCGCACGCGCGACCAAGCCUUCGACAUCGGCGAAGAAAUCGCCCAAGCAGUAACAGACCUGAACCCACGACCGAUCAAACUAAAAUUCGAAAAAGUCUACCACCCCUGCAUCCUCCUCGCGAAGAAACGCUACGUAGGCUUCAAAUACGAGCACCGCAACCAAAAAGAGCCCGAAUUCGACGCAAAGGGCAUUGAAACCGUCCGUCGAGACGGCACACCCGCCGAACAAAAAAUCGAAGAAAAAGCCCUAAAAACCCUUUUCCGCACCGCAGACCUGUCCCAAGUGAAAUCCUACUUCCAGCGCCAAUGCGCAAAGAUCAUGCAAGGACGCAUCUCCAUUCAAGAUUUCUGCUUCGCUCGCGAAGUCCGUCUGGGAACAUACUCCGAGCGCAGUCUACCCGCCGGCGCGAUGAUAAGCACCAAGCGCAUGAUGGAAGAUCCGCGCUCUGAGCCACAGACCGGCGAGCGCGUGCCGUAUGUUGUUGUCACCGGCGCUCCUGGGUCGAGACUUAUUGAUCGAUGUGUUGCGCCGCAGACGCUUCUGCAUGAUGCGCAGCUUGAGAUUGACGCGGAGUACUAUAUCACGAAGAAUAUCAUUCCGCCGCUAGAGAGGAUUUUUAAUCUUGUUGGUGCGAAUGUGCGUCAGUGGUAUGAUGAGAUGCCGAAGGUGCAGCGGAUUCGGCGGGUUGAGGGGUCGACGCUGGCGAGGCCGAAUUCUCGUGCUGGUGGGGUUAGUAGGAAGACUCUUGAGUCUUAUAUGCGCUCGUCUUCGUGUGUUGUUUGUCGGGCAAGAUUGUCUGAUGCUGCUGUUCCUGUGUGUGGGGAUUGUCUGCAGAAGCCGCAUAUUACGUUGCUUGAUGUUGUUUCGCGGCUGCAGAGGGCGGAAAAGAGAGUCGUUGAUCUUGAAGCUAUUUGUCGUUCUUGUAUGGGUGUUUCUCCUGGUGAUAAGGUUAGCUGUGAUAGUUUGGAUUGCUCUAUCUUCUACUCGAGGACUAGAGAUGCUGCUAAUUGGAGACACUCCAGGACUGUGUUGGAGCCUGUGGUUGAAUUGUUGGAACGGAAGGAGGAUGAGGGAUUGGAUUGGUAA